CGCUGGCCAAGUGUUGCAUUUUGGACGCCCGAGAACGUUGCACUCUUAUAUCGAAUCCUCGUGACAAGCUGCGACAAUGACGGUUUCGAGGCAGUGGCAGGACAAUGGCUAUCACAGCGGUUGAGGGACAGACCAGCCAGCUGGAUUACGCCCUUGAGCCGCAUGAACAAACCGACGUUGCCCUGCCAGCACCAUGGCGCUCUCUGCCGCUCCCGUGCUGGUCGAGCUCGCGAUGGCAAGUUGUUGCCCCGCUCCGCGGCUCAAGCGCAGGUCCAGCUGCGACCCUCCGAGCCCACACCGCCUCUCGCUCACGUCCGUGCAACCAGACAUCUCAGCAUGCGCUCUCCCGUGCUCCUGGCGGCGACCUCUGCGCUCCGCCUCGGCGCGCGGGCGCUGACGCUGGGCCAGCAGGGCGCCGACCCUGACAUGGCGCGGGCCAGCUCCGGGGUGCCGGAGGCCUGCCCGGCGGCCCUGGGGCUGCCGGACUGCCCGCCGGGCGGCGGCGCGGCUCCUUCCGGCUGGCUGCUUCGACUACGGCCUCCUGGCCGAGGACAUGGCCGAGCUGGGCUUCGGCGCCGGGGGCUGCGCCCGGGCACUGGAGGUGGCGGGCGGUCGCGUGACGAGGAACAAUCCCCUGGCCAUCACGCCUGUCGAGGGAGGGGUGCCUCGCGCCAACGUGUCCCAUGCAAAGCCGGUGAUCUGGGUCCACAUACACAAGUCCAUGGGCACUUUCAUCUACUCGAUGGCAAUGCUGAACCACGAAAACGUUGUCCGGCCGAGCUUCCACGGGAACUGGUGGCCGUACGACACGCCCGACGCAGUCGACAAGGGAAAGGCGACGCAUGCCGAUUGUUCAAAGAGAGCCGAAUACUUUGCUUGGUCGAAUGUCACAUGGGCUCAGAUCGAGCACACCAUGGACGAAUACAAUCUAUGUCACAAUCAUUUUAAUUAUGGCACUCUUCUUCGAGAUCCAGACACACUCGCUAUCUCCAAGGCGAGUAUGGAGAUGUAUACACCGGAUGAGACGAUUGCCUCCAUGAGUUGCCUCGUGAGGAGAGGAAACGAUACCGAUCUGACCCAUGCUUGCAACCAUGCAGCUCCCCUCAAAAACGAUUGGAGACUGUGGUGGUUCUACGACAAUUUCCUCGUCCGGACGCUUGGCGGUUAUUCGGUAUGGUCGCUCCCUGCAGGGGAGAUUACCGAGGAGCAUGCGCACAAGGCGAUCGAGCGCCUGUCGAAGUUCGAGGUCGUGAUGUUCGCGGAGGACUUCAAGGAUACAGCAUAUCUCGAGACGGCGAUCGGUUGGCGCCAAGAGUUCUUCGAUACAGCAUACAAGAGGCCUUCCACUCAUGUGGUCGAGUUCACCGACGAACAGAAUAAACAAGCCAGGCUCACCAACAGGUUCGACUAUAUGGUGUACGACCACUUCAAGAGGAUCCCCAUGCAGAAGCGCGUCAACAAGUUCCAUUGACUCGCCACCGUCGUGUCGUCCUACCUGUGCAGGCGCAUCGCAGCGUGAAGGUUUCGCGGGUGCGCGAGCCGAGCCUCUGACCCUGCGGGUGCUCGCAGUUCGUUUUUUGUUCCCGCGAUAGGAUACGGAGGGUAUGGCCCCUGGAGCAGUGAUCUUAGCGCAUCGGUGGUUGUUGUUAUUUCUCACCAUCGCGAAUCGCUGUGCGACAGAAAGGGGCGGGGUGGCCUCGUGUAGGCGAAGCUCAUUGGGGC